AUGGCUUCCUUCGAGUCACACCCUCUAUUUUCCUACCUGAAAUAUCAGCCCGCUCACGCCCUCCUUCUCAUUCAAUCUGGCGCCCGCUGCCGCGUCUGUGCGGUUCUGUACGACGGCAACAACAAGCAACUUGGUUGGGGUGGUAGCUUCUGCACUGCUCAUAUGCCUGACGAGACAUGGUUCUCUGAUUUCAUCCAGGCUUGCUGCAGAAUGCAAGACGGCCUGAAACAAUUCUGCAAGCAGAUACCGCCGCCGUCCACCGUCCGGCCUUGGGCGCCUCUAUUUGGCAUGACAGCCUCGGAGCUUUGGUGGUGGGAGAUGUUGAACGUCUUUCAGCUCAAGUGUGAGAUCAGCUUGGUCAAGCUCUCGGCCUGGUGGGAGACAUUACUCGAGGAAGGGUGGUGCAGUAGUGAGAUUUUGUUCAGUCACCCGGGACAAAGACGAGUUUGCUUACACGUUUCUAGCGCUCGGUGGUCCCAUCGUCGAGAUCUUGGAGAUCAAGAUUGCUCCGCCUGCCUAUUGGCACUUCUCGCACUGCGCCUUUGCGAUCCACCUGGUCUCUGA